GCCUCACAGCUGUGUGGUAGAACCCUAAACCCAUCUCCCGUAGGUCGAUCGAGACGUUUGGAUAUCUCUCUGGCUGUUCUGACUGAGUAAAGAAACCAUGGCUGGAGUCGCCUUGGAGCAAGUGCAGGAAAGCGGAUUGAUUGCCUUCUGCCUUCCACCUCUAUCGGAGGAUGAUCCGCUGUUCGCAGAGAAGCAGAGGUUAUUGGAUGUUAGACAACUGCAAUUCAAGUUUGUUCUGCCACUGCAUUCAUCCAUUGAAGAGGCACUUCAAAUAGCGGAUAAGUUAGUCCGAACUGCAAGAAUAUUGCACAUGAAUGAGAUAGAACUCUACUUUGCUGGAGAUGAUGACAUUGGUCCAUUCAGCCCUAGGAAUGAGCUAGAAUCCCUUAACUUUAUACUGGCACACCUGAGCUCUUUGAUUUCAAAUGUUAAGUACUCAUCCAUUGAAGUGCUUCAUCUUGUACACAAUACAAUAUUUGCUAUGAUUAAAACUGUGGGGGACAACAACAUUGAAACAAUGACUGCUAAAAAGUUUGGUACUGAUUCUGAAGAGCUAUUGUUGAAGUGGGGGCAAGAUCAUGGUCUAAAAACAAUGCUGUCAAUAACUUAUUUCGAGGAAGCUGGAAGAGGAGCAGUUGCACUAGAAGAUAUGAGCAUUGGGGGCAUUGCUUUAGAAAUCCCAGAAUCACUCAUCAUAUCUGAGGACCUUGUUUAUAAUUCUGACAUGUUUGAUGUCUUGAAGAAGUUGGAUGAUAUAACUCCUGAGACUAUGUUGUUGUUAUGGAGCAUGAGGGAAAGAUUUAAUCCAAAUUCCAAGUUCAAGAUUUAUUUUGACACAUUACCUACAGAAUUCAAUACAGGGUUGAAUUUUCGAGUUGAUGCACUUGCUGCAUUAGAAGGAACCCUGCUCUUUGAAGAAUUAUUGCAAUCUAAAGAGCACUUACGCCAACAAUUUGAUGCAUUAUGCCCACAACAAUGCGAUAAUUAUCCUGACAUUUUUGAACCAAAGCUGUAUACUUGGGAUAAAUUUCUGUGGGCUUGUGAGCUUUGGUACUCAAAUAGCAUGAAGGUGGUUUUUGCUGAUGGAAAGCUAAGAACUUGCUUGGUUCCUGUUGCUGGGUUCUUGAACCACUCACUGUGCCCACACAUACUUCAUUAUGGUAGAGUAGACCCAGUAACCAAGACCCUGAAAUUUCCAGUAUCACGACCAUGUGAAAAAGGAAACCAAUGCUACCUUAGUUAUGGGAGCUUACCAAGUUCACACUUCCUUAUGUUUUAUGGUUUUGUUCCCAAAGGGGAUAACUUCUAUGAUGUUAUUCCGCUAGAUUUUGAUACUCCUGACAAUGAUGGCCAUGGAAAUCAGCCAUUGGAUGCUGCUAAUGGUAGAAACACCCACAUGGUUCGAGGUACGUGGUUGUCCAAUGCCGAUAAACCACAUGUAUAUGGAUUGCCGCCAAAAUUGUUGGCUCAUCUACACGCUGUGUUGAAAUCUGAUGGUUCUGGACUACCCCCUUUUAUUCCUGGAGAAGAUAUAGACAAGGAAGAUGAGAGAAAUGCACUCCAAACCAUUUUAUCUAUUUUUGUCCCGAUGUUGGAAGGUCUCUGUAAUACAGAUAAAAUGGACAGGGAUAAUUCUACUUGGGAUGUAAAGCUAUCUUUAGACUACAAGAAUCUGCAAAGAAAAAUUAUUUCUUCUAUAAUCACAUCUUGCAAUUCUGGCCUACAGAUGCUGGACUAAUCAGAAGACAUCGAGGAAUUAAAAAAAAAUCAUAAAAGCCACGCAAAGGUUAUUAAGACAGUACAUGACUGACUGCAGAACAUGGUAAAAAGUGAAGCCUUCUGAGUAUUACCGAUAAUGUGGUUUAAUUAGCCCGCAUAGACUGGACUCGAUGGCUCUUAUAUGCUCAAAUGACCAACUGAUGGUUGAUCCAUGAUCGGUAGAAAAUUAAAGAUAUUAGUAAGCUGUGCACUACUGGAAUCACUGUCAGCUUAGUUGUCCGCUGGUUGUUUGUAAAUCAAACACUUAGGAAAGACUUGUCUUUUGUGUUAUCUCUAAACAAUCAUCGUCAUCUUUAAUUCGAAGAUUUAGAAAAAAAAAAACAAGACACUCCGUUUGAAUCCAACCUUGUCAAAUUUGAACAGGUUAGAACAACUGAUGCAUGGGUACUUGGGUCGAUCUCAUUGUUAGAUCUAAAUGAUCCACAAACAAUUAUAUUGUA